UACAUAUUACUAUCUUACCUACCUACCUACCUACCUACCCCAUACAUACACAGUACUCUGCAUACUCUCUGAAUAGCCACACAUCUACCUACCUAGGAACCUACCCUAGCAUCUACACUCCCACAAAAUGGCAGCACAAGAACAAAUGUCAGCACCGCCCACGCGAUUCGACCUCUUCAACGACCUCCCCUACGACCUGCGGCGCGCGAUCUGGGACACCUAUCUCGACUCGCUGCCCGCACGGCUCUUCCACGUCAAGGCCAUCCACCCGGAGGGCGACAGGUUCUCGUACUGGCACAGGCCGGCCGCGCCGGCGGGCGUGCAGGUGUGCCGCGAGGCGCGCGAGGCCGCGGCGUCGUACUGCGCCGCGCACGGGUACCGGGAGCUGCGGGGCGCCGCGGCGCUGUCGUCGACGGCCGCCUGGUUCCGCCCCGAGAUCGAUAUAUUGUACUUCGACGCCGAGCACACGUUUGAUGGGGCGUUUUCUGCGGGGGGUGCGUUGGCGCGUGGUGGUGGUGGUGGUGGUGGUAGUGGUGAUGCUCAGCGUCAUGAUCGAUACCCAGGAGAUGAAUACGAUGGUGAAGAUAAGAAAGAUGAGGAUGAGAUAAUGGAGGAUACAGAAUACGAGAGGGAAGAUGAAGAAGAGGAGGAAGAGGAGGAAAACAACCAGCACAGCGCGAUCGACGGCCUGCGCAGCGUGCGCAACGUCGCCUUCCACCACCUGUCGAUGCACGAGGGGGAGAACGUAGUAAAAGUACUCAUCGGCGCGUACGCCGUGAUGCCGUCGAUCGAGCGGGUGCACUGGGUGGUGCCGCAGCGGAGCUGGGAGGGGCGGUCGACGGCGGAGACGGCGCGGGAGCCCGAGUGCUGCCGCGCGCGGGCCGGCGCGCUCAUGGAUAUCCCGACAUUGUACGACGGCCUCUACUACGCCAACAACAUCAUCGGCGAGCACGUCGUCGUCGCCGGCUGGCGGUACAUCCGCAUGCAGCUCGCACAGGUCAUGCGCGUCCUGGGCAGGCUGGGCGCUAUUCCCAAGACUCCUGAGCCUAGGGGGGUUUUUCUCGUCCGCCCGAAGUGUGAGGGUGUUAAAGAGGAGGGGAAGCCGUGCUCGUUUUUGCAGACGAGGGAGGAUGGUAGUGGUAUGGGUGGGGAUAAGAGGGAGGUGUUCGAACGGAAACUCCCGAGCCGGGCGGAUUACGCGAAGAGUUUGAUGUAUCCCUGAAAAAAGGAGAAUCAAGGAAGAAAGAAAGAAAAGAAACAAACAAAACAAGUACCUACCUGCCUAGAAGGUUCGGGAUAACCUGGCGUGGCGUUAUAGGAACGGGAAAGGGGUGAUAUCGGUGUAUUUGUAUUAAGGCUAACUGCUAUCUGGUGUAUGGCAUGUAUGUGUA